AUCUGGCAAUCUUUUUAUCAGGGGAGAAUCUUGCCCACUGGGACUAGAGACAGCACAUUAGAGCUUCUGGUUGGAGAUAAUGGCUGGGUUACUCAUCACGAAAAUGGGAUUCUUUAUUCAUUUGAUGCCACGAAAUGCAUGUUUUCUUCUGGAAACCGUUCGGAGAAGCUUCGCAUGGCUCGACUUUAUUGUGAGAACGAGACAGUUGUGGAUCUCUUUGCUGGUAUCGGAUAUUUCGUGCUUCCAUUUCUUGUUAAGGCUAAUGCAAAAUUUGUUUAUGCCUGUGAGUGGAACCCCCAUGCUUUAGCGGCUCUUAAACAUAACAUUCAUGCCAAUUCUGUGGCAGAUCGGUGUGUCAUACUGGAAGGAGAUAAUCGUCUCACAGCACCCCAAGGAGUUGCUGACCGUGUUUGCCUUGGUCUCCUACCGUCAAGUGAGUGCAGCUGGGCUACUGCUGUUAGGGCUUUAAGGGCUGUAGGUGGUGUAUUGCAUAUACACGGGAAUGUAAAUGAUUCCGAAGAGAACUCGUGGUUAGACUAUGUUGUCCAAUCAAUCCAAAGCAUUUCAGAGUCUGAAGGUUUAUCUUGGGACGUUUCGAUAGAACACGUAGAGCGCGUAAAAUGGUAUGGGCCGCACAUUCGCCACCUUGUUGCCGAUGUCAGGUGUAAGCAGUUAUAGAACCAUCAGGUUUUGUUAGCUAUAUGUGUUAGAGUAAAUUACAGGUUGGUCGGUGGAGUGGUAUUUGAAGUUAUUGGAAAAUUUGCGAGCUUGAUUUCCACCGAAAUGAAAAACUUUCAGGUGCUUUCAUGUGCGGGUGGUCUCUGUUUUACCUGCUGCACUGCUUCAGAACCUCUGUAACUAUUCUGAUCACUUAUUUGAGGCGCUUAAUACAUGUUGAUGAACUCUCUUUUGCAUAAUGAAACUUUUCUUUGGCAUUGAGAUCUAAAUCCUCUUUUUUUGAAUACGUAGAUCGAUCUAAUGGUAUUCGCAUCAUUUCGCUCUCAUAAUACUAAUGAUUGCCGGAAAAAAUUGAUGGACUUAGGAUUCAAAUGACUAAUUGCAUGGAUGGAUUGUUUGGAUGGUUAAUGCUGGCUUCUUAAAGUUGGAUAAUUAUCUGCAAAUGUGCUAUUGUUUAGGUGAAUCUUAUGGAGUGGUAUUCUUUAUCUAUUCGAGAAUAAGGAUUCAUCGUACAUCAAUACAUGAAUUGUUUUAAUUUCUUGUUAUGUAUGAAUCAAGAUGGACUUCAAGCAAACUUCAUACACGUCUCUUGGAGCAUCUGCUUUUCUACUUUUCUUUUAAUUUUUCUAAAUUAGAAGUUUUAUAUAAUUGUCAGAAUAGUAAUUAAUUAUUUCUUUCAGAUUGUUAUUAAGUCUUAUAUUUUCAGUGAUCAAUUUUUAUGAAUAGGUUAUAAAUCUUACAAUCUCUGACACACAUGGGGCCAACUACAACAUUCUAUGCUUAGUCAACUUCAACAUUCCAUGCUUAGUCAACUUUGGCAGGAAAAAGCAAAAAAAAAAAAAAGGGAAUAUUAUAUAAGAAACUACAACAGUCUAUGCUUGGUCAACUUUGGCAGGAAAAAGCAUACACUUUUGAACCAAUGUAUAUUUGUAAAAAAAAAAAAGAAUUUUAAAAUUUGAAAGUGCACUCACAUAUAAUAUUCUUCUUUUUUUUUUUUUUUGCUUUUUCCUUGCCAAAGUUGACCGGUGUUUUAGUUGAUAAUAUUUGAACUGAAUAAUGCUAUCUGUAUAUCAGGUAUAUGUAAGUAUGGUAUAAAUCCUACACUUUGUCCAUUCAAAUUAGCAAUUUUUUUAUAUGAUUCUUUUUGAAAAAUUUUUUAAAUUCUUAGAUAGGUGAGUGUUUGAUUUAUAGCGUAUUCAUAGAGUGUGAUUGGGAUAUUUCUCUUUGAUUGGUUGGAUUGAAAGGUAAAAAAAAAUUAAUAUAUAAGAAGGAUAUUUUGCUCUUUUUUUAUAGAAAAAUUUCAAACAGCCAUUGGUGUAUUGUUGUAGUCUCCUUCCUCCUCCUCCCCGUCUCACGGCAAAGCAGCAAGCAAGAAGGAAGAGAUGGAGCCGGUGCUGGGGUUUUUCGCGUCUGCCUUCAUUUCCGUAAUGGUCACGAAGCUGGUCAACAAGGGUCUCACUUUCUUCCCGAACCGCAAGCACCUCAAGCAGAAGCUGGACCGGCUGAAUCAGCUCCUCCCAACCAUCCAGUCCAUCCUCACGGCCGCCGAGCGGCGACGGACCUAUCAUUUCACUCAGGAGCAGCAAGCUCAGCUGACGGAGCUGAAAGAUGCUAUUUACUUGGCGGACGACGUCCUCGACAAUCUCGAGUGCAAGCUUCUGGAGCGCGAAUCUCGCAAGAUCAAGCUUUUUCAUGGGAACAUUGGCAUUGAUAUGUUGGAAAAAACCGUCGAUAAUCUUCAAGGAGUAGUUACUAGUUUCAUUAAUACGUUUCAUUUCCUAAGUUCGGAACCAGAACACGGUGACCAGGAUACCCGGGAGACGAGCUCACUGCUACCUCUAGCAGGCAUGUUCGGGCGAGAAGGUGAGGUGCGACAAAUACUCGAAAUGCUCGAGCGAGGAGAAAAUUUCCAGUACAGAUCAGGUUUCGGUGUCCUUUCCAUUGUAGGCACAGCAGGAAUCGGUAAGACCGCCCUUGCGCAGCUCAUCUACAAUCACGAAUUUGUCAAGCGAGAAUUCCCAAUGAGGAUUUGGGUUUACGUGUCUGAAAAAUUUAAUGUCAGAAAGCUGACCGUAAAGAUGAUACAGAGGGCUUUAGAUGGAGAGCAGCUGCUGCCUCGUAAGGACUACGACACUUUAGAGGACGCGCAUGCGGAUCUCGUCCGUCUGUUGACGGGCAAGAGGUUUAUGCUCGUCCUCGAUGACGUUUGGGAAGAGAUUUAUUCCGAAAAUUGGGACGACCUGUGCAAGCCCUUUAAGUUAGCAGCGAAGAGAAGCGUAGUUUUGCUGACUUCGCAGAUUCGGUCUGUGGUGAAACAAAUAGAGACGAUGGGACAGGUGACGUUAAGUGGUUUGGAUACUGACGAUUAUUGGCGGCUGUUCAAACACUGUGCGUUCGGAGGAGAUGACCCUGAAGAGCACUCUAACUUGGGAAAGAAUGUCGGCAGGACGUCCGACAAGGUUAAAGAGAAGUCGAGGUUGGAAGAAAUAGGUUGGGAGAUUGCUAGUAGGCUGGACGGCUCACCCUUGGCCGCCAAACUACUGGGAAGUGUGUUAAGGCGAAACAAAGAUGAGGGCUACUGGAAUCAAAUCCGGCAGAGUGAUUUGUGGAGCUUAGGUAAAAGAGAUGAGAAUAUCAUAUUCCCCUCCCUUUGGUUGAGUUAUAAGUAUCUAAAUGGACAGCUAAAGCAUUGUUUUGUUUACUGCGCAGUGUUUCCUCAAGGUUACAUUCUCGAGAAAGAUAAGGUAGUCCAAAUGUGGGUGGCACAAGGCUUUAUCCCUCCUAGCGGUGUGGAAAGACCGGAGGAUGUUGGGAAUCGCUGCUUCGAGGAAUUAAUUGAUAGAUCAUUCUUUCGACCUGUUUGGAAUGGUAAAUAUAUGAUGCAUAGCUUGAUCCGUGAAUUGGCACAAUCAAUUGGUUCCAAUGAGUUCUUCACAUUUACUGACUGGCCGUGGGGAAUCCCGUCAAGAACAGCUUGUCAUAUAACUGCUAGGACUGAUGAUCUACUGCAACUAGAGCAUGCACUAGCGAACAAUUAUUUUAAUCUAAAGCAUCUGCGCACUGUUUUAUUUUUCGGUGGGUAUAAAGAUUCUGUCCGAUUCUGUGGUCUUCUCGACUCCAUAUUCCAACAGGUCAAAAGCAUAAGAGUGCUGGAUUUAUCUCAUACAUGCAUGACAGAGUUGCCGAGCUCGAUCGAUAAUUUAAAACACCUGCGAUACUUGGAUUUAUGUGGUAACAGAGUAAGGUCGUUGCCUCAAGACCUAUGCUCGCUUUACCAUCUGCAGGUGUUGAAUGUUAAAUGGUGCCCUCUUCAGCAACUGCCAGAAAAGAUGAAUAGAUUGAUUAACUUAAGACACAUUUGUGCAGACAUUGUGACAAUUUCAGGAAUAUCUCAAAUCCUAAAGCUUACAAACCUUCAGGAGCUAGAGAACUUUCCUGCUGGGAAGAGCAACGAUUUAAACGCCCUCGCGUGCAUGACCGAACUUAGAGGUGUUCUCCAUAUUGCGGAUCUCCAUCUUGUCAAGGUUGGGGAGGUUAAAGAGGGGAUUUUGAAGAAAUCAAAGCACCUAACUUCACUGUGGUUAUCAUGGGAUUCUGAGGGACGAGGCAUACGACAAUUAGAUGAUGCACAAACUACUCUGGAUGAGAAAGUCUUGCAAUGCCUUCAGCCACAUGACAAUCUUAAAGAGCUAAGAAUUGAUAGUUAUGUCGGUCUUAGAUCACCCACGUGGAUGCUGACAAAUAAUUGUCUUUCCAACGUAAGAUCCAUGUACGUAAUUGGUUGUGUUAAUUGGCAAAACCUCCCACCUUUGGAGCUGCUGCCCGAACUUGAGAUCCUAGAGAUUAAAGGUAUGCAUGCAUUGGAAAAAGUUAGCAGUCAAUCACUUAGUCAUGACUCAGUUAAAAAAGGAUUUCCAAGGUUGAAGAAACUUUCGAUUGAUGACCUGCCAAAUUUAAAAGAGUGGACGGGGGUAGAGGAUGGUCAGUUUUUUCCUUGCCUUUGUGAGCUUGUUGUUCGAAAUUGUCCCACUCUAGAAAGAUUUCCUUACAUCCCUCAACUUGAGAAUGUCAUUCUAGAAAAUGUUGGGCUGGUUUCUCUUACAGCAUUCUUCAAUGCAUGCUGUCCAGAGGUCUCACUACCGGAAAGCAGCAGUAGCAACAGCAAAGGGAAUCCAUUGGCAUUGCCAACAAUUUCUUCCAUGUACAUCAGCAAGUGUCCAAACUUAAGAUUUCUUGGGGAAAGCUUAAAUCAACUAUUUCUUCCUCGACUCUUUGAACUCGAGAUAAGGAACUGCCCGCAGCUUUGUUUGCUACCAGAUCUUCCCCCUACAUUAACAAAAUUGAUUAUUGAAGAUGCUGGACUGGAAGAACUUCCAACAAUAUGGAAUGAGGGCUUGACAGAUGAUUUUGAGGUGGUGGGGACAGGUUCUUUUCUCCCAACCCUCUCAACCUUGUAUAUUAGUAGCUGCUCAAAGUUGAGUACCCUAAGUAUAGGCUUGUUUCGGCAACAACGACUCUUAAGACGUCUUGGAAAGUUAUCACUCAGGAACUGUGAAAAUCUCAAAUCUGAUCUGGCCAAAGGGUUUCGAGCACUCACUGCACUAAAAGAGUUGACUAUUUUUGAUUGUCCCAAGCUGCUUAUCUCUCAUUUUUACGUGUCUCUCAAGACGAUUGAAAUCAGCGAGUGUUUUAUUACUCAGGGUGCUUGGUCCGAUGAUCAGAAUCCAAUUCUCCAGGCUAUUGAGACUGUAAAGAUAAUUGGUUGUUCACAUGCAAAUUUUGAUGAAGAUCGCAAACUGAAUCCAGUGGACUCCUUUAAGCACCUUACAUCUGUCGAUCACCUUUAUCUGGUGAACACAUCUGUUCUCACACUUGAUCUAUUUACAAAGCUUCACUCUCUGAGAAUUCUGGAUAUAGAUGGUUGCCAGAGAUUUCUAACCAAGCAGCUACAGCUUUUGCACUUCAGCAAACUCCAACAUUUGAGCAUCCGGAACUGCAAAGAGCUCCCAUACCUCCCUGAGGAUCUAAAUACUCUUAACUUCCUCAUGGAAUUAUGCAUUGAAAAUUGUCCUUUGAUAACUUCUCUGCCUCAAAAUGGUCUGCCACCUUCACUCGAAAGAUUGUCUAUACGUGGAUGCAAUCCACUGUUGAAGCAACGGUGCCUAGAUGACAACCAUGACUUCCCAAAGAUUUCUUACAUCGCUGCCAUUUGCAUCGAAGGAGAAGUAUUAAAAUCAAAAUGAGAUUGGCAGCAUCCAAGACUCCUCGUUUUUGAUCAUUGGCGUACUCAAGUUUGAGGAAUUUGAUCGGAGAUUUGGUUUUACAUUUUGCACAGAAGGACAGAACUGGAGAUUAACUGUACAUUCAGACAGCUGAACAGCAUAGGACCUGUGAGCUUUAGCUUGGUAGAAAUCUUGAAUUCUUUACUCUGGAGGUUAUUCUUAUGUGAUGAGUAGGUUCCAAAGCAACACCAGUGUGUAAUUUAGUUCUCUCAAAAGGUAAUCUUUAUUGUUAUUUACUGUUUUGGCAAUCAAGUCCAGGUUCUGAAAUAGAUGAUAAUUAUUUGUCUUUUGCAGAGUAGGACUCGGAUUCAGAUCAACAAAGUCGAGCACUGUCCUAUAGCAGAGUCAAGCAUGUCCUAAAUCCAGUGCUUUUGAUUGAUGCAAAGGCAAAUAGCACAGGAGAUCAUCUCCCCACAUGAAUCCACAAUCUC